AUGGGGAACGGCAGCGCCCCGGGGAACGGCAGCGAGCCUCCGCCGCCGCCUCCGGGAGGCCACAACGUCGCCGCCCUGGUGCUGGGCAUCGUCCUCAUCCUCCUCAUCGUCGGCGGCAACGGGCUGGUGUGCCUCAGCGUCUGCACCGAGCGGGCGCUCAAGACCACCACCAACUACUUCAUCGUCAGCCUCGCCGUCGCCGACCUGCUGCUGGCCCUCCUCGUCCUGCCCCUCUUCGUGUACUCCGAGUUCCAGGGAGGCGUGUGGUCCCUCAGCACUGUGCUGUGCGAUGCCCUGAUGACCAUGGACGUGAUGCUGUGCACGGCCUCCAUCUUCAACCUCUGUGCUAUCAGUGUGGAUCGGUUUAUUGCUGUUUCAGUCCCGCUGAACUACAACCGGCGACAAAUCGACUUGCGGCAGUUGAUCCUCAUCUCCACCACCUGGAUAUUCGCCUUUGCUGUGGCAUCCCCAGUCAUAUUUGGCCUCAACAACGUUCCAAACCGGGACCCCAGCUUGUGCCAGCUGGAGGAUGACAACUACAUUGUGUACUCCUCCAUCUGCUCCUUCUUCAUCCCUUGCCCCGUCAUGCUGGUGCUCUACUGCGCCAUGUUCCAGGGACUCAAGCGCUGGGAAGAAGCCAGGAAGGCCAAGCUACGGGGCGGCAUCUACGGGGGCAACAGAAAGCUCUAUCACCCCUCGCCCUUUAUCGAGAGGGAGCAGGCUGGACUGGAGCCAGACGAGUGCAACCCUUACACUCACUCUGACCACGCCCUGCCUGGGGACUAUGUGAUAAACAAUGGGGUCCAGACUGUCUCCUACCCGCACCUCCAGUACCCACCCCCAGGACACAGUCGGAAGCGGGCCAAGAUCAAUGGUCGGGAGCGGAAGGCCAUGCGGGUGCUGCCUGUCGUCGUCGGUGCUUUCCUCUUCUGCUGGACGCCUUUUUUUGUGGUCCACAUUACAAGGGCUCUCUGCAAGUCCUGCGCCAUUCCCACUCAAGUCACCAGCACUGUCACUUGGCUGGGUUACGUCAACAGUGCUGUCAACCCCAUCAUUUAUACUGUUUUCAACGCCGAGUUCAGGAACUUCUUCCGCAAAGUCUUGCACCUAUUCUGCUGA